CCCUCCGGCGCCAAGGCCCAAGGUGGUCUUACGAUUCUUACCGAGGGGAGUGGUCCCGUGGAAUUUCUUUGGUUUUAGUUUAUCUGGGUAAAUCUUAUUUAAAAAUCCAACCGGCCACCUCAGGAGAAGCACCUUUCUCUCCAACCCAACCCUCGAGCUCCCUCACGCCCGCCUUCACACGCCCUCUUUGGUGCGUGCUAUAGCUUGUCUUCCCGUCUCUGUGAGGAAACUUGGUUCCUGAAGGUGCAAGCAUCACCGGUCUGGUCGAAAUCCCAACAAGAUAUUUCGACCACCCUGUGCAAUCUGCUCCAAUCCCACUCCCAAGUGCAGUCGCCAGGAGAUCAAUUAUCUGAUUGACAACUCCCUCUUCUGCUCCGCAGGCCCAAAUCUCGGUUCACAAGUCCCAAAAUGUCCUCCACUGCGGUUCCUCAACGGACGGUCCUUCAGCGGACCGUCACUUCCACCACGGCUGAUUCGUCGCCAUCUACGGCCGCUGGCUCCCCGAAUGACACCCCGAGACAAUCGCCUUCUUCCACAUCUCUGUCGUCAAUGUCCUCCCUGGGUGAGGCGAAGGAAGAGAAGAAGGAGAAGGAAUAUGGCAAGCUCCUCGACACCUACGGCAACGAGUUCGAGAUUCCCAACUACACUAUCAAGGACAUUCGGGAUGCGAUCCCCAAGCACUGCUUUGAACGGGAUGGUCUCCGUAGUAUGAGCUAUGUCGUGCGAGACGUUGCCAGCCUUGCUAUCACCUUCACGCUCUACUACAAUUUCGUGACCCCGGAAUAUAUCCCGUCAACCGCAAUCCGCGCUGUACUUUGGACCUUCUACACCAUUAUUCAGGGUCUCUUCGGUACCGGUAUCUGGGUUCUUGCUCACGAGUGUGGUCACCAGGCCUUCUCCACUUCCAAGCUUCUCAAUGACACAACCGGCCUGAUCUGCCACUCGGCUCUCCUCGUCCCAUAUUUCUCGUGGAAGCUCUCUCACGGCAAGCACCACAAGGCUACCGGAAACAUGGCGCGCGAUAUGGUUUUCCUGCCAAAGACACGCGAACAAUAUGCCACCCGUAUCGGCAAGAUGGCCCAUGAGCUCCAUGAAUUGACCGAGGAGACACCAAUUGUAACUUUCAUCCACUCCGUGGGCCAACAGCUUCUCGGCUGGCCCAUGUAUCUCUUCUCCAAUGUGACGGGCCACAACAACCAUGAGCGCCAGUCCGAAGGUCGUGGGAAGGGCAAGGUCAACGGUUACUUCACUGGAGUCAAUCAUUUCAAUCCGUCAAGUCCGCUGUACGAAGCCAAAGAUGCGAAGCUUAUCCUCAUCAGUGACCUGGGCCUCGCUGUGAUGAUUAGCAUUUUAGUUGCUCUCUGCAAAGCCUUCACCUUCAAGAACAUGCUCGUCUGGUACUUCCUCCCAUACCUGUGGGUUAACCACUGGCUCGUUGCCAUCACCUACCUGCAGCACACCGACCCAACGCUUCCCCACUACUCUGCCGAGAGCUGGAACUACGUCCGUGGUGCUGCUGCAACCAUCGACCGUGACUUCGGUUUCAUCGGCCGUACGCUCUUGCACGGAAUUAUCGAAACCCACGUCCUCCACCACUACGUGAGCACCAUCCCAUUCUACCACGCUGACGAGGCCACCGAAGCCAUCAAACCCGUCAUGGGCCGCCAUUACCGCGCCAACACCGAGGGCGGGGCUCUCGGCUUCUUGAAGAGCAUGUGGGUCAGCGCUCGCUGGUGCCAGUGGGUCGAGCCAUCGGAGGGUGCCGUCGGAGAGGGCAAGGGAGUCUACUUCUACCGGAAUCGCAACGGUCUGGGUACCGCACCGCUCAAGCUGGCCCCUGGCGAAACCCUCCAGCAAUGAAUCAUGAUGGGAAC